UCAAAAUCCUCAUUUUAAACGCCGCUCUGAAGUUAUAAAUGCGCGCGCUGGGCGAGCUCGGUCUCUCUCGCGCGCUACAGGAGUGCCAUGGCGUCGUGCGCUGUACAGCUGAUUGACAAAGUGACGAGGAAGAAGGUUGAAAAGCAGAAAUUCGAAACGCACAUUUUGAAGGGCCCUUGUAUGAAGCACCCUUUACAAAACAGAUGGGGUCUUUGGUUCUACAAAAAUGAUAAGAGCAAAAUGUGGCAAGACAAUCUAAGGCUCAUCACCAAGUUCGACACAGCUGAGGACUUCUGGGCAUUGUACCACAACAUACAGCCGCCAAGCAAACUCUCCUCUGGCUGUGACUACUCCAUGUUCAAGGACGGCAUCGAGCCCAUGUGGGAAGACAGGAGUAAUAAAUGUGGUGGCCGCUGGUUGAUUACUCUCGCCAAGCAUCAUAGACACACAGAACUUGACCAUUUUUGGCUGGAAACGCUGUUGUGUCUCAUUGGAGAGGGCUUCGGCUCCUUCAGUCGUGAUAUCUGUGGAAGUGUUAUCAAUAUCCGUGCCAAAGGGGACAAAAUUGCCAUCUGGACCUCCAAUGCGGAGAACUGCGAGACCGUGACGUACAUCGGUAAGAAGUAUAAAGAAAGUCUCGGGCUCCCACAGAAACUUGUCAUUGGAUAUCAAGCCCAUGCGGACACUGCAACUAAGAGCAACUCCAUAACCAAAAACAAGUUUGUCGUGUAAAAGUGGGCUUUCGUUUGAUGCUGUUGCAGAAGCCUGGAUGUUUCUAUUGAUAAAAGAUUAAUAACCUUGCAUUCAUAUUAUUUUUGUUACUUCACAUGUGUGGCAUUUAAAUUCACCUUGAUAAAAUGCAAGACUUUGUAAAUUGAGCUUGAGUUGUACGUUUUGUGCUGUUGAAGGGGUGUGUCUAAAAUGCGAAGACCUGUUUUUCUUUGAAAAUUAAACUUGGGCUACUUUUGCAAA